CUGUGCAUUGUGUGGAAGGAGUCAUCUGGAAAUGACUCCUCUGUAGGCUCAUGAGGGGAGAAGGUCCCUGCCUUUCCCCUCAUGAUCCUGACUAAGCAACGAGCGAUACUACAGAUAUAACAAUGACAGCUCACAUGGGCAUGAUCGUCCCCGCACGCAUCCCCACUUCACAGCAAUGACCACCCUAAACCCCAUAGCAGCCACCGGCUUCACGGCCGCCGACAGCUACGAUGCACACCGCCCGAGUUACCAUCCUGCCGCGGUCUCUUUCCUGAUAUCGAGCCUGGGCCUCCCGGAAUCCCCGAAAAUUCUCGAGCUCGCAUCCGGCACCGGCAAGUUCACCGAGCUCCUCGUACCGCUGUUCAGCGAGUCUGGCAAGAUCGUUGCCGUGGAGCCACAUGAUGCCAUGGCGGAUGUGCUGCGCGAGAAGAAGCUGCCAGUCGAGGUGAAGAAGGGAAGCGCCGUAGAUAUUCCGGUCGAGGAUGGUUGGGCGGAUACGGUCAUUACUGCUCAAGCAUUCCACUGGUUCGCCACGACCGAGGCACUCACCUCCAUCGCGCGCGUUCUCAAUCCUUCCGGUCCCGGGACGUUGGGACUGAUCUGGAAUGUAGAGGACUACAACCAGUCGCGGAUAUUCGAGUGCGAAACUGCGUGGGAGAGCUCUAUGCGGGAUCUGAAUUGGCAGUAUACGACCGAUGAUGCACUACGGUUUAAGGAUGGACUGUGGAGGUGUGUGUUUGCCGCUGGUAAUGAUCAACCAUUCAACCCGGUUGAGGAAAGGCUCUUUCGGGAGGUCUUCUGGGUAGGUAGGGAGGGUUUGUGGGAGAGAUUGAACACAUUGAGUAAUAUUGCGAUUCAAGGAGAAAAGGAGAAGGAGGAACUGAGGACAAAGUUCGAUAGGAUAUUGGACAAUGCAGGGGACCUAGAACGUAACGAUAAAGACGAGUUCGCGGUGCAUUCUACUUGCGUCAUUGCGUGGACGGCACUGAAAGGAGCAGAAAAGACACAAGAAUGAGGCGGAUUGAUUGGGUAAAAGGACAUUUAGACUAGGUUAUACAGAAGCAACAAGUCAAAUCAUCAACAACAGUUCAUCCGUGGACUUCCAACAAUACACAAGUGUUCUCAAGUCCAAUAAGCCAUCAGGGCAAAAGUUAUAGCAUAAAACAAACCACCAAUAAACCGUCUCGACGAUC